CCAUGACUUAACUAAACCACACAAUAUUAGAAAUGAGCCAAUUGGGACUAAUCUAACAGCCAAAGUCAGUAUUUCCCUGGUUUUAUUGGUCGAUUGGAUAAUACAUUCAAUGAGGGGAUUUGAUUAUCUGGCUCGAGUUACCCCGGUGGUAGGAGUUUGUAGCGGGUGAAGGGUGAUUGCAUUCGUUUUGGAACUGAGCUGCCUCCCGGGCGUCAACCGGGUGCCCCGUCAAAGUUCGCAGCGAAGUCGGCUCAAAAUGCGCGUUCAAAAGAACUGGUUACUCGGAGCGAAAAAAUGCACUCCAACUGGGAAACAUCCAUUUAAAUGGUCAGCCAACUCGGAAUUCCAACUCGGGAACUCGGACCUCUUUCACUCUUUCGCUCAGACUUUCCGACUUGAAUAUCACUGACGUCAUGAUUCGACCUUGUAUUUUUCCGAGUUCACAGUUGUUUUGAACCGGCCAUAAGCACAUGGAGUAAUGAGUAUAUUGUUGUUUUUUUACAUACAAAAGUGAUUGUUUUUGAUUAAAACAAAAAAAAACUCUUUAUCUGCCUUCCCACUGAAAACUAUUUUGAAAAUUCGAAUACAUAUUUUAUGGAAAAUAGAUGUGUUUAUGUUUCUGGACGAUGCAUCAUGCUCCCUUGUUGACAACAUGAUCUAUUGGUGCAGAUUACUGUUCGAGUUGAAACUGUCGCUCCUCCCUCGCGGCUUUUGCCCGUUUGCGUCACGGGCCAUUGACCGUUGCUACGCGGCUCAGGAUAAUAUAACUCCCUCAAGAGUUAACAUUUUGACACGUCAAUUCAUCAGUCAACUACACUGUUACAGUACUUCGUGCUGCUACCACCUUUACCCUGUUGAGCAGGCAAAAUAGCGGGGGCCAGGCAAGGGAUUCACCUGGUAAAGGACCCCAGGCGAGAAGAGAAUGGUUGCAUUCGGAAAGAUACUCCCAGUAGUUGUUUAACCUGGUGUGUGACAACAAAGGUGUGAGUGAGGCAUCACAGUCCAUCUACAUGACCGGCCUCUUAAUAGGGUCCCUGGUGUUUGGACCUAUGGCAGACAGGUUUGGUCGUCGCUUCGCCAUCCUCGUUUCCCUGCUCUUCCAAUUGCUGUUUGGAGUGGCCGCUGCCUUCUCCCCCAACAUCUAUGUCUACAUUAGCCUUCGGUUCGUGGUCGGCAUGACAAUAUCAGGCAUUGCCAUGAACACAUUUGUGCUAGGGGCUGAGUGGACCAGUACAUCUAAGCGGGCCCUCUUCACCAUCCUCUCACAAUGUUUCUAUGCCGUGGGGCUGAUGUUGCUGCCGUGGAUUGCCUACGGGGUCCGCAACUGGAGGGCCCUGCAGCUGGUGCUUUCCAGCCCCGUCCUCCUACUGGCUGUCUACUUCUGGAUUCUCCCAGAGUCGGCCCGUUGGCUACUAACUCAAGGCAGGCAGAAUGAGGCCAGGCAGGAGCUCCAGAGGGCAGCUGCGGUCAACAGGAGAGAGGUCCCCCAGUCAUUACUUGACAUGCUGGAGGCUGAGAACACGUCUACAACGGGCAGUAUGAUGGACCUCUUCAAGAUACCUAACCUGAGGAAACGUGCUCUCACCAUGAGCUACAUCUGGUUUGUGACCAGCCUGGUCUACUUCGGUGUGAGUCUUAAUGUGGGACAUUUUGGCCUGGACAUCUACCUGACCCAGUUCAUCUUUGGCCUGGCAGAGAUUCUUUCUCGCCUGGGCUGCUACACCCUCCUGGAGCGCCUGGGCAGGAGGCCCUGUCAGGCAGGCACCCUCUUCUUUGGUGGAGCAGCUUGUCUCCUAAUUCUUGCUAUUCCUGAAGACCUUCCAGUAUUGGUGACGGUCAUUGCAGUGACUGGAAAGUUUGCUAUAGCAGCGUCCUUCACUAUUGUCUAUGUAUAUACUGCUGAGCUCUAUCCUACCGUAGUAAGACAGAAUGGUGUGGGUCUGAACUCCAUGUGUGCCCGUGGGGCAGGCAUCCUGGUCCCUCUGAUGCAUCUGCUAGAAGUGUACCACCAUGCCCUGCCCAUGCUCAUCUGUGGCCUCCUGCCCUUCAUCGGCGGGGGGCUGUGCUUUCUACUGCCAGAGACCCUCAACACUGAACUCCAAGACUACAUAGACCCACUCGUGGAGAAGACAAUAACAUCAGAGAGCGGGACUAUUGAAAACGGACUCGAUGAGGAGGAGAAACCAACUGAAUUGAGGAGCUCAAAAUUCUGAUCACUGUCUGGUCCAUACUCUCUGGAGUAAACAUCUAGAGAUGUUUUUGCCGACAUCAAUACAGGCAAACCUUUAGCAAACUAUUCAUACUAAAUCACUUGCCCCUGCCUGGUGCCAGGCCCAACAGAUGCAGCUUCAAGCCCAGCAGCCCUGUCUCCCCAUCCCCAUACCCCUGAACCAGCCCUACUCCCAACCCAACCUCCCAAAGGAGGUGGGCAGCAUUGUGUUGAAUGACAUGUCAAUUGGCAUAAUUGCAGGUACUGCAAUGCAUUGAAGACAGGAAAAAUCUCUGACACAGAGGCAGCCAAUAUCAGAGCCUUAAAGGAAGAGAUGCAGGCUCUUAGAGAUGGAUGGGAGUCUCUCCUGUCUGAGGCAACACUGAUUGCUACGCAAAUGGAUGUUGCACCUCAAUUUAGCAAGGAACACAGCCGCCAGAGGAAAAGGAAGAGAUUCCAUGAUGAGACCUCAAGAGGAGAGCUCAGGACAGUGCAGCAACGGUGUUUCAGAACACAGUGUUUUUUUUACUGCUAUGGACACCAUCAUAAGUGACUUGGACACGAGGUUCCACACCACUGAAAAAAUUGUAGAAGAAUUUUCUGCUGUUCUGAAAGUUGGGCAGAUUAGUGAGGAUAAAGUCCCUUCUGUGUGCCGACAACUGAUCAUGAAGUAUUCCAGAGGUCUUACACCUGAGUUUCAUAGUGAAGUAAAUCAAAUCAAAUCAAAUGUUAUUUGUCACAUACACAUGGUUAGCAGAUGUUAAUAUGCUUGUGCUUCUAGUUCCGACAAUGCAGUAAUAACCAACAAGUAAUCUAGCUAACAAUUCCAAAACUACUACCUUAUAGACACAAGUGUAAGGGGAUAAAGAAUAUGUACAUAAAGAUAUAUGAAUGAGUGAUGGUACAGAGCGGCAUAGGCAAGAUACAGUAGAUGGUAUUGAGUAUAGUAUAUACAUAUGAGAUAAGUAUGUAAACAAAGUGGCAUAGUUAAAGUGGCUAGUGAUACAUGUAUUACAUAAAGAUGCAGUAGAUGAUAUAGAGCACAGUAUAUACAUAUACAUAUGAGAUGAAUAAUGUAGGGUAUGUAAACAUUAUAUUAGUUAGCAUUGUUUAAAGUGGCUAGUGAUAUAUUUUACAUCAUUUCCCAUCAAUUCCCAUUAUUAAAGUGGCUGGAGUUGAGUCAGUGUGUUGGCAGCAGCCACUCAAUGUUAUUGGUGGCUGUUUAACAGUCUGAUGGCCUUGAGAUAGAAGCUGUUUUUCAGUCUCUCGGUCCCAGCUUUGAUGAACCUGUACUGACCUCACCUUCUGGAUGAUAGCGGGGUGAACAGGCAGUGGCUCGGGUGGUUGUUGUCCUUGAUUUUCUUUAUGGCCUUCCUGUGACAUCGGGUGGUGUAGGUGUCCUGGAGGGCAUGUAGUUUGCCCCCAGUGAUGCGUUGUGCAGACCUCACUACCCUCUGGAGAGCCUUACGGUUGUGGGCGGAACAGUUGCCAUACCAGGCGGUGAUACAGCCCGACAGGAUGCUCUCGAUUGUGCAUCUGUAGAAGUUUGUGAGUGCUUUUGGUGAUAAGCCGAAUUUCUUCAGCCUCCUGAGGUUGAAGAGUCCCGCGCUGAGGUCUGUAUCUCAAAGUAAUGGCUGGAUUGCCAUAAAAUAUGUUGUGCACAAUCAAGACCCCAAGUGAAAGAAACCUAUUGAUUUGGUGACCACUUGACCUUUCCUCUAGCGCCACCAUCAGGCCUUUUCAUUUCCGUUUUAUUUUCCAUUUUCAGUUUCCACUUUUACAGCAGCUUAUUUUCUAGUUGGUAUGUAUACUUAGUUCAAAAAUCUGCUGUUGAUUUUAUUCUUUUGUUUGUUAUAUCAUUCUAUAGAUGAUAAUGUUAAUUUAUUGUAGUUGCAUAGGAUAAUGUAUAUUUAAGUUAUUUAUUUGAAGUUAUUCAUUAAUGUUAAGAGAAUUUU